UUUAUUUUGAGUGCAACUGCCGGUUUUAUUUUGUGUAUUCCUCGCUUUUCAGCUUGAGUUGAGUUACAAAUAAUCCCUAACGUUCCUUGAUAUUCACGUAUUGACUGAUCUGUAGUUUUUCGCCAUGAACGUGCGAAAGUGUUGUGUCGGUAACUGCCAGUCUACGAAUCGUACUCAUCGCCUUUUCCUUCUUCCAAAGGACGAUAAUUUGAGAGAUUUGUGGCUAUCAUUCUUGAUUCCAACCAACAUAGAGCUCAGUGGUCUGUCUAAGAAUCAGUUGUUGUCUAAACGUGUUUGCCAAAAUCAUUUUGAUCGCUAUCAAUUUGAUAGCGUGGGGAACCGCCUACGCCACGGCUACCCUUGCUUGUUUUCUGAUAAAGAAAUAUCUUUAGGUAUUCCAUUGAGUUCAACUGUUGGUGACCAUUUAAGUGAUCACAAUUACUUUUUGUCAUCUGCACCUGAGAGCCACACUGUAAGUGGUUCAUACAUUGAAGUUGAUGAUGACCACAACUACCAUUUGCCAAUUGUGCCUGAGAGUGCAAUAGCUGAAGCAACUGUUCAAGGACAUUGCUCUAAAGACGUUGAACCUAUGGAAACAGAACCCACGGCACCCAUGGACACUACAAGUUCUGACCAAAUUUUGCAAACACCAGUGGUUACUAAAACCAAAGUAACAGCAAGAACAUCAAGACGAAAUAUCUUAUUUGCAAAAAAAUGUUAUUCUGAAACAAUCGAAGUUAAGACUUAA